CAAGCUAUAAUGAAUGUUAAUAUUAAUCAGUCUAGUACUGAUGACGAUGAUGAUAAUGUUUCAGAAGAGUCUUUUGAAUUAGAAAACACUUUAAAUUUGUUAAAUUCAUUAUUUCUAAUGGAGAAAAACCAACAAUUUGAAGCAAAUAUUAUAGAUGAUAAUGAUGCAGGAUCAAGUAACUGGUUGGAAGAAUUAAAUUAA